CAUCUUCUGAUAAUGGUACAGUCGCCUGCGACGUCAACUUGAAAUUGUACAUUUCAAGGGCAGUCACAUCCAACGUGUUUGCACUGUUCUGUCUAUACACUGAGCACUAUCAGAAACAUGCUUUGCAGAGUUGGUCAAAUACGCAGGUGUGCAGCCAGUCUCAGCCAAACUAUAAAUCAGAUAGCUGCAUCAAGGCAGAAGCACACACUUCCUGACCUGACAUAUGACUACGGUGCCCUGGAGCCUCACAUCAAUGCUGAGAUAAUGCAGCUGCAUCACAGCAAGCAUCAUGCCACAUAUGUCAACAACCUCAACGUUACAGAGGAAAAAUACCAGGAGGCGCUUGCAAAAGGUGAUGUGACUGCACAGGUUGCCCUCCAGCCUGCUCUAAAGUUUAAUGGGGGAGGCCACAUUAACCACACCAUUUUCUGGACAAACCUCUCUCCCAAUGGAGGUGGCGAGCCACAAGGCGAGUUAAUGGAGGCCAUCAAACGGGACUUUGGAUCCUUCCAGAAGAUGAAGGAGAAGAUGUCUGCUGCCACAGUGGCAGUGCAGGGCUCAGGCUGGGGAUGGCUGGGCUAUGACAAGGAGAGUGGAAGACUUCGCAUUGCUGCUUGUGCUAACCAGGAUCCUCUGCAGGGAACAACAGGUCUCAUCCCCCUGCUUGGUAUAGAUGUAUGGGAGCACGCUUACUAUCUUCAAUACAAAAAUGUGCGGCCUGACUAUGUGAAAGCCAUCUGGAAUGUAAUCAACUGGGAGAAUGUGAGCGACCGUCUUCAGACUGCCAAAAAGUAGAAGCUGAUAUCAAACAACCCUUCCAGCACCUUUCAUCACGACCUGGCUCAAAUAGUGGUUGCAAAUCAUUUUUUGGUUAAAUGAAAUUUUAAACUCAAACCUGCAGAUGGUCAGUGGCUAAAGAGCAAAUUAAACUUUCUUCAGACCCUUUCCUUUGUGAUGCAGAUUAUAUUGUCUUUAUGGAAGGCAUAACUGCACAAGUUGAUGCUAACAUCAGUUAUUUGCAAGUACUAUUUAUCUCUGGUUUCCUCCUAACCAUCAGACUUUUGUCAAAGCGCACAAAAAAAUGGCCACCUUUAAUAAUAAAGCUGGCUUUUGUUAUUCAUAGGAGUGCAGUAAGCUGUGUUUUUGUCCGAUUAAAUUACACUAAAAUCAGACAAUGUCAGUGCAGUCCAUGUUUUUGAUGUAAUAUAAUAAAACAGUAGAAUUUCA